AUGUCUACCACCAGUAUACGACCCGAUGAAGACGUUCAAAGGGCUCAGGAGUCAAGGGUAACAUCGAAGGACCGAUCGCGAACAUCAUCGUACCGCUGUGUGUCCUGGUCCUAUCCGGGCAGGCGUCCGCAACGCCCGUCGAGGAUACCUGUCUUCAAACCCCUUCUCGCCGGGUCGGGUGUCUUCGCUAGGCCACCGCAUUACCACGAUCUCCUAUACCGUGCGAGGCGCCGCAAGACGCCGGACAGCAUCGAGGACGAUGUCGAACUGAGCUCGAGGCUAGCUGGGGUCAAGCUCGUCGAGGACACCGUCUCUCGUUACGAGAACGACGUGGGCAUUCUCACCGACGCAUCCACUGCCGACGAGCGACCGUUGUUCUGCGGUACGCUGAGCCAGGACGACAUCGCCACCGUGCAGCGUCAGUGGCACGAUCACGUCGAGCAGCUCCUAGGCGGCAUCAGCAAGCGUCUGUCGACUUCAUUCGAGGAGAUCGUCGCCGCGGCAGGUGGGCCAGAUGGCAAGAUAUGGGACCUCAGUCUGCUCGACAGUCCCGAGCUCAGUGAGUCUGAAUUGUCCGCCGAGUCUGACCCGCCACCGUCUACGCCCCGCGCAUCCCCCUCCUCCCUUCCCCGUGGUGCAAAGCACGGAUCGAUGGACGUCUUGCAGCCGCACCCGACGCCCCUCAGUGCGACCGCCGCCGCCUUCAUCCCCGCUGCACCGUCGCCCUCCUCCUUCUCCAAGUCGCCCUCUCCGACGCACGAGUUCGCCUUCCCGUCCCUAAGCGCCGACAACCCGGCCGCGUCGCCCGCUGCUCGAAAGCGCUCCCUCCUCCUCAAGGACGGCGAGGGCUUCUACCACUCCGCCGAGGCCAGCAUCGAGAACAUCCGCAGCUCGACCCCGCGCCGUGCUCGCCCCUCCGCUGAUCUCCUCCCAGCCUUCCUCGCCGACGGCUCGAGCACGACCCGCAUCCGCGCGCGGAACGCCUCUCGAACCCGCGAGAUGGUCGAUCGGCUCCGGUCCGGGCGCUGGAACGGCAAGAAGGGCAGCGACAAGGCGAGCCCGCCCAGCCUCGAGCACAUGCCCGAGGGCAAACCGACCAAGGAGCGGUCAGAGGAACGCGCAGCAUCCUCAGAGCGCAGCAGUGUCUCGUCGGGGAUGACUGCCGACGCCGACGGCUGGAUCAGCGGACCCUCGUCCAAGGCGUCCGACGAUGGCUGGAUCGACGGUCCGGCGCCCUGCAGCACGCCUGCGCCUGCGCCUACUCCCGCCGUGGCAACGCCGAAGAAGGACUCCCGCCCGCGCACCCAGAAACACACACAUAAGCGCUCAUCCAGCAGCGCGAGCUCGCUCUCCACCGCCGCGUCUGCCCCGCCCGCGACGCCGGUGCAAUCGAGCCUCCCUGUGCCGGCGCCCAUGUCAGCUCAAGCGGGCUUCUACCCCGUGCCUGCGGCUACACCUCUCGUGAACGGGUUCCCAUACGCGCUCCCGCCGCGCACCCCCGGGAUGAGCGACGCGCAGUAUCUAAUGCACAUCCAGAAGCUGCAGCACGAUCAUUGGACGAGCUACAUGCGGUUUGGGGGUGCAGGUACGUUCGUACCCGGGCCGUAUGCGGCGUAUCCACCUGCACCGGCCAUGCCUAUGGUCUAUGGCGCCAAGUGA